GGUGAUGAAUAUCAGAAAACACAAGACUUCGAAGCUCAAGCUAAGCCUCAGUUAUUGCAAUUCUUGACCCGAGGAUGUUAUAUAAGGAAUAUGAAGAUCAGACAAACACAAGAGCACCAACUAGUCAUAUGGAGAAGUAAUCCCAAAGGUUCGAUAUAUACAAAGCAGAGGAAAUACAAGGUGCAAAGGCUAUAUGGCAACUCACGGUGCCGUAGUUGACCAUGUUCUGGUGGAAGAGAAUUUGCAUGCUAGAACAAUAAUCCUAAAUAGGGCUCACAGGUUGAAUGCCCUGUCAUAUCAAAUGGUAUCUCGGCUACACGAAGUUUAUACAGCUCGUGAGAAGGAUCCUGAAGUCAAGUUGGUGAUUCUAAGGGGGAAAGGAAAAGCUUUUUGUGUUGGUGGGGAUGUUUCAGAAUAUUUCUACCGAAUCACAGAGGGCCAUUGGAAAUUAGGUGCAAAGAUUUUGGAGAACGUAAUCACCUUAAUGUACAAAGUUGCGACAUUGGGCAAACCCCAGGUUUCGAUCCUUAAUGGAAUGGUGAUGGGAGCUGGAUGCGGAAUUUCCAUUCACGGAAGAUUUCGCGUUGUGACCGAGAAAACGGUUUUCGCUAUGCCGGAGGCUUCCAUCGGAGUAAUCCCAGAUGUAGGGGCUUCUUAUUUUCUGUCUAGACUACCUGGCUUCUUUGGAGAAUACAUUGGUCUUACUGGUGCAAGGUUGGAUGGCACUGAAAUGCUUGCAUGUGGCCUUGCAACUCACUUUGUCCCUUCAAUAAAAUUGAGUUUGCUAGAUGAAGCAUUAAAUAAGGUGAACACAAGUGAUCCAGUUGUUAUCUCGAAAGUUAUUGACGAGUUUUCAGAGAAACCUCCUUUGAAGGAGGGGAGUGCUUAUCAUAGACUAGACAUCAUUGAUAGAUGCUUCUCACAGAAGACAGUGGAAAAUGUUAUCUCAGCCCUCGUAAUUUGGAGACAUACUACGUCACUGAAACAACCAGUUCUCUUACAUAUUUUAAAUUUCCUAAAUUCUAGAAUCACCCACUCCGUACUUCUACUACUUGUUGAAAUGGAGUAGGAGACCGAGUCUGAGAAAGAAGGGGAUGCUUGGAUUCCUGAGGCUCUUCACUUAAUGAGAAAAGCAUCACCGGUUACUCUUAAAAUUUUUCUGAAAUCGAUUCGAGGAGGAAGAUUACAAGGUCUCGCUCAGUGCCUCGCCCAAGAUAUACUUGAGGGUUACCGAGCUAACUUUUUGCGUAAAGACCGAACUCCAAAGUGGGAGCCUUCUAGGUUGGAGCUUAUUACUGAUGAAAUGGUGGACCUUUACUUCUCGAAGGUGGAUGAUGGUGAGUGGGAAGAUCUGGUCCUACCAGUAAGGUCGAACUUGUCGACCUUUACUGUGGCAAAGUUCUAAGGAUGUCCAACGAUGGUAUUGGCUGCAGUUCCGAUGCAGAUAUUUGAAGACCUUUAAAUUAUGUUUGUUGCCAUUAAAAGACCUUUUAAGAUAUAUUUGUUGUCCAUAUAUGUAUUAAAAUACUUAGGGUUGAAGACCGUUGCAAUA